UGUUGUAUAUAUAUAAUCUUUCGUUUUCCUCCCUUUUUAUUUUGGAUUUGAGUUAUUUACACACAAAAUUUUAAAAAUCACGAAUUGCCCAUUUUUAGGGCAUUUUUUCAGAUAAGAUAUCAGUGGAAGUCAAAAAAGAAUUUAAUGUUGGGAGUUUCUUCUGUGUAGUUUCAUUUCUCUUUUCUUCUCUCACCAUCACAAACAACAACAAGAAGGAGAAGAAGCAAAACACAAAAAAAAGGGGGCUGCUUAAGAGCUUCAAGAUUAAGAAGAAGUGACAUGGCGGCUUCUUCAUCAUCGGCCGCUUCGUUUUUUGGAGUAAGGCAAGAAGAUCAAUCUCCAAUUCCUCUCCAGAAUCCCUCCGCCGUCGCCGGUCUUCCUCAGCCGCCGCCUCCGUUGCCGGAAGCUCCGCCGCAGAAGAAGAAGAGAAACCAACCAAGAACACCAAAUUCAGAUGCGGAAGUGAUAGCUUUAUCUCCAAAGACGCUAAUGGCGACGAACAGAUUCAUAUGCGAAGUGUGCAACAAAGGGUUUCAGAGAGAGCAGAACCUGCAACUCCACAGGAGAGGGCACAACCUUCCAUGGAAGCUGAAGCAGAAAUCGAACAAGGAAGUGAAGAGGAAAGUGUAUCUGUGCCCGGAGCCCACGUGCGUCCACCACGACCCCUCACGUGCGCUCGGAGAUCUCACCGGCAUCAAGAAGCAUUAUUACCGCAAACAUGGCGAGAAGAAGUGGAAGUGCGAUAAGUGUUCUAAGCGUUACGCUGUUCAAUCUGAUUGGAAAGCUCACUCUAAGACCUGCGGUACCAAAGAGUAUCGAUGCGACUGUGGCACCAUCUUCUCCCGGCGCGACAGUUUCAUCACACACAGAGCGUUCUGUGACGCGUUGGCUCAGGAAAGUGCGAGACACCCAACUUCUUUGACGUCUCUGCCAAGUCAUCACUUCCCGUACGGACAUAACAACACCAAUAGCAACACCACCAACCCCAGCAACAACAACGCUUCCAACAUGAUGCUCGCUCUGUCCCAAAUGGGGGCCCCACAGAAUCUUGAUCUUCACCACCACCCCAAUCAAAAUGUCGACGUUCUCCGCCUCGGAAGCGGUGGCGCCGGCGGUGGAGGAGUAUCCGCCUCUCGCUCCUCCGAUCUCCUCCCUCCUCCUCCUACCAAUGCCUCCAGUUUCUUCAUGCAAGACCAAAACCCUAGUUUUCACGAACAAGACACGAGCUCUCAUCACCACCAAGGAUUUUUGGCGGCGGCGAACAACAAAACGUUGACUUUUCAACACGGUCUCAUGCAGUUCUCGGAUGUCCAUAAUUCUCCUUCUCACAACCUCUUCAACCUUAGCUUCUUCUCCGGCAACAACAACAACGUUCAGACAAGCAACAACUCCGCAGUUUCAUCGGGCAAUUUAGUGAUAUCGAAUCCUUUCGACAGCGAAAACGCGGCGGCUGGCGGAGGUGAUGGGUCCACCAGCACCGGUCUCUUCCCAAACAGCCUCUUGAGCACGACGGAUCGCAUAAACUCAACCGCGGUCCCUUCCCUUUUCAGCUCCUCCAUGCAACAUCCCAGUUCUAACUCUCACAUGUCAGCCACCGCACUUCUUCAAAAAGCUGCUCGGAUGGGUUCAACGUCAAAUGCCAACAACAACAAUAACAACAACGCUUCCUCGAUCUUGAGGAGCUUUGGUGGUGGAGUCUACGGUGAAAACGAUAGCAACUUUCACGACUUGAUGAACUCCUUCUCUGCUCCAAUGGAUUCUCCGUUCGGUUCCUACGGAGGGAGUAAGGGAAGUAGUGUGGAUAAGCAGGAUAUGACGAGAGACUUCCUCGGCGUAGGACAGAUCGUACGGAGCAUGAGCGGCGGCGGAGGGUUUCAGCCGCAGACGCAGACGCAGCCGCAAUCGCAAACGCAGCUAGAGAGAGACCGUUUGGGUUCAUCGGAUUCUGCAGACGACAGAAACAGCAUGGCCGGUGCUCCGACAAGCCCGCAGUACGGAGUUCAUCAUGGAAGUUUCUAGGAGAUCACUACUAAGACCAUAUAAGGUGCUUCUUUCAGGGACACCGGUGCAAAGGGAUCGAGGUAAGGAGGCCCAUCGACAUGCAACGAGGAGACGAUCGCCAUGUCUCACCAAAAACAGACAGAGCUCAAAUCAGCUCAUGUUCCCCCCCCCUUUUUUGUUCUUCCUGAUUUUGUUUUGUUUUAUUUUAUAUUUUGUUUUGGUCAUCUUAUGAAAAAAUUAAUUAAUCUAUAGGUAGAAAUCCCCUCUCCUGUUGCUUAAUUAGUUUGCGUUGUAGAAUGAGGUUGAUUUUUCUCUUUGAAUUAUCUCAUUAUUCCUUUGCAUGUCUACCAUUAAUUCAAUAUAUUAUCGAGACAAUUUGAAUAUUAA